AUGGUCCUUCACUCCCGCUCCAGGCUGUUGUUUCCAGCUUGUGUUUUGGCCCUCAUCCUUGUCGUGUUGUUCUUGCGGUCGAAUCGGAACCAAGUAUCGAUCCGGAGUUCUCUGCCAGAUGCGCAACCCGAGAAGGAUGACUCCAAUUCAACACCAAUACAACCUAAAGUGCUGGGUGCAUUUCCUCGUCCAAGGUACCAGCCAGGAACUCCUAAACCUGCAAGCCAGAACUAUUCCAGGACGCUCGUCAUAGCCAGUACAUCCAAGGAGGACACUACGUGGCUGGCUGAACUUGCCAACGAGCCAGAUUUGUCCACAGCUGUCUAUGUGGUGGACGAGCCGCAUGCUUCGCUCACCGUUCCGAAGAACAAAGGCCAUGAAGUGAUGGUCUAUCUCACGUACAUCAUCGAUCAUUACGACAAGUUGGGUGACAUAGCCAUCUUCAUGCAUGCUCACCGAGUUACCUGGCACAACAAUGACCUCAUGUUCUCGGAUGCUGUCGAGAUGGUAAGACGGCUGAGUAGUCCCAAGGUUACUCGCGAUGGAUAUAUGAAUAUGCGAUGCCACUUGGAUCCAGGUUGUCCUGACCAUAUUCACCCUUCUGUAGCAGACGACAAUGAUGGCAACAUACCUGAGGCAAUCGUCAUUGGCAGAGCGUGGCUAGAGCUAUUUCCCAACGCUGAAGCGCCUCCGACGGUACUCUCACAACCAUGUUGUGCACAAUUCGCCUUGAGCAGGGAAAGGAUCCGGAAUUUACCAUUAGAGCAAUAUAUCUUCUUCCGGAGAUGGCUCCUGGACACAGACCUUGAUGACCGAUUAUCUGGCCGGGUCUGGGAGUAUGUUUGGCAGUACAUUUUUGCGGGUGUCGACGAGUUCUGCCCUGUUGAAAGUAUCUGCUACUGUGAUGGUUACGGUAUUUGCUUUGGAGGCGAAGAAAAGUAUCAGGAAUGGUUUGCGAUAAGGAGAAAGAGUAGGGAGCUUGCGGACCUCAAAGGGUCGCUCGGUGAUGAUGAGAAGGCGGUAGAACAAAAAGCCAGCAUUCAAGUACGGUUGACCGAAUUGGAUCUCAAAUUGUCCACCAUGAAAAAAGAUGCAUUCCUACGAGGAGAAGACCCAAAGAAUCGAGCUCUCGAAGCUGGCAGAGAAUGGAAAGAUGGAAAUGGCUUUUGA